AUGGUUAAACGACAUAAAAACACGAUUGGUUUAUGGCGUUUGGGUAAAACUUUGGGAACAGGUUCAACCAGCUGUGUUCGCCUAGCCAAACACGUAAAGUCUGGAGAAUUGGCAGCAGUCAAAAUUCUUCCUAUUAAGAAUGUAUCAGUAGGAAUGGAAAUUUUGAUGAUGCGUCUUUUGCACCAUCCCAAUAUUCUACAGUUGUAUGAUGUUUGGACUGACCAUCAAAACAUGUAUCUAGCUUUAGAGUAUGUUCCUGGUGGGGAGCUGUUCGAUUACGUUCGCAAACAUGGUGCCUUAUCAGAGAAGGAUGUAGCUCAUUAUAUGGUACAACUUUUAGAUGCUCUUUCUCACUGCCAUCAAUUUCGAUUUCGACAUCGUGACUUGAAGUUAGAGAACAUCCUUAUCAACCCAUAUGAGCGUGUUAUUAAAAUUGCCGAUUUUGGAAUGGCUACAGUUGAACCCGAUAAUUCUUUCCUUACGAACUUUUGUGGAUCUCUGCAUUAUUUAGCUCCAGAAGUUGUCUCCCAUACGCCUUACCAAGGAGCUCCCGCCGAUAUAUGGUCUUGUGGUGUAAUUUUCUACGCCUUGCUUUCCAACAAACUACCAUUUGGGGGUACCUCUACAGGCGUUGUCUAUGACAAGAUAUUGAACGGAGCGUAUGACUUGCCAUGUUCAUGUUCUACAGCAGCUCAAGACUUAUUGCAUAAGAUGUUGAACGUAAAUCCUUCAAACCGUAUCACAAUACCCGAAAUACUCAACCAUCCUUAUAUCCUCUCGAAUUUAGAGCAAUCCAACGAAACACUACUACCUAAAUCCUCAUUACCUUAUUCAAUUCUGGAUGUUGACCCUUUAGUGGUUGACUGUAUGUGCCUUUUAUGGAAGAAAUCAUCUUCCAAAAGCAUAGUUAUAAAGUUACAAAUGCACGAGGAGAAUGAUGAGAAAAAAUAUCUAAGUUUAUAUGAUCUUAUUCACGAUAAAAGCCUAUUAAAAAAAUUGAAUGGAACAACGAGUCAAGAAAACAUCCCAGAUGAGAAUGGAAAGAAUGAAUUUUCUGUUGAAGGCAACGUGAACAAAGUCAAUGAAACUGCUCACUUUAAUCCUUUUUAUAGCUUUUAUCAAGAAAAGGCAGAGCAGCAGAAGCUUCGUGACCUUAUGCACGCUGAGGAUGAGUCAAAUGUUACGUAUAAAAAACUCACUCCGAACUAUGAUUUGGAUCUUAAUUUGACGUUCGACCCGAUGGGUGUUCGGGUGGUUUCCGUCUCACCUUUAGAGCAGGAAGAAUAUAUUCCUUAUCAUCGAUAUGGCUAUACCCGUAUUUUUCCAAACAUCUCUUUAUGCGGCGGAAAUACUGGCUAUGAAACACCUAGCCCAAUUUCCACUCCUGAUUCAUCUAUCGAUUUUGUGCCGGCUUCGGAUGAUCCAAAUACUACACCAGUUUAUAACUCAUCUAAAAGACCAAAUUCACUGUCGACGCGUGGCAGGCGUCGAUUUAACACUGCAGAUGGUCGUUCAGCUUCUGUUCCGCUUUAUUCGUCUCAGGCGUUUACCCAGCGCUGUGCAUCAAGUAAUGCACAACUUGCUCAUUCAUCGGGAAGGAAUGAUAAUAAUUCUGUGUUUCAUAAGUUGUCUUCCCUAUUUUCUCCUCAAAAGAAACCCUUCUCAUUAUAG